CUAAAACAUAUUUAUCCACAUCUGUGCAAAUCCAUUAAUUUCCACGUAGGCAGUGGAUACUAAAUACGAUUAUACGAGGUCGGUAUUAGUAUCAUCUAUCCCAAUUUUUUGAAGAUAUCUAAAACUGUUAGGAGUCGGCUUCUACGCUGUCGUUUUAGACAAAAUUAUUGGGGUGAGAAAAUCAGGGCGAAGAAACAACCUGGAGUUUUUGGGCUGGAAGUUCAAUUCCCGAGCUAAAUAAUCCAACAAAUGCAGCACGCAUUUAUUAUAUUCCUUUUUAUCGCCCUUUACUUUUCCAAAUAUGAACCCUCUAUAUACACUGUUAUGGGAAAGUUUACCCAUUAUUAUUUAUUGCCAAGAUUCCGAUUUAAUUAUUUCAUGAAGAUUCAGUACUAUACUCAAUUUCUGGCUUAAUUUUCCUAUUUGCUGUUGCCCCUCUUGCUUUGCUGCUAAUUGAUACGGAUUUAUGGCCAUAUUCCUCUUAUUUCAAAGUGUAUAGAUUUCUCUGCAUGUUUCUUGAAGUUUCCGUCUCUGUUUCAAGGGGUGAUAUGGCCCUUUUGAUCAGAGUACGUAAUUGAAUAUGCUUGCUUUUGUUAUUUUUUUGAGAAAUCGAGAUACCUUUUGUGGUAAAGUUUGAAUCUUGGGUGGAAUUCCAAUGAGAAAUGGCGUGCCACGCUGUGCAAGUGUGGAGUUUGAGUGGUUUGGUGGCUGCUUUUCUUGAUCUCACAAUAGCGUACUUGUUGCUUUGCGCAUCAGCUGCUGCUUACUUUGCGUCGAAAUUUCUGGGCUUUUUUGGGUUGAAUUUGCCAUGCCCUUGUGAUGGAAUGUUUAUCAAUGUUCAUAGUAGAAGUUUGUGCUUCAACAAGUUGUUAGUUGAUUUUCCUAUUCAGAAAUUAUCAGAUGUUCAGCUCUCUGUUAGGCAGAAAUUCCCAUUUAGUAAUUCGGUAUCUUCCAGAAAAUAUGAUUAUAGUGUCGUUGGUGAUAACUGUGGUAUUGGGAUUAUUGAGCUAGAAGGCGAUGCAUCUUGUAGCUCUUCAAUAUCAGAUGUGAGGGAGUCUGCAGAUGUGGUUCGGAGGGAAAUGAGUUCAAGGUCUGGGAAGAUUGAUAUGAAGGGAAAAGGGGUUUUGGGUUAUAGGCCAAAGAGUCGAUUGCGUAGCCGGAAAGGGGUUAGUGGUCAUGGGAAGAAUUCAUCUCUUUUGAGUUAUGAUUCUCCUGUUUUUGAGGAGGUUUCAGAUUCACAACUUCAUCAUUUUAACACCAACAAGAGGGGCAGCUGGAGCACCGGAGAUGGCUCGCUGCCGACUGACAAUGCUGGAAAUCUUAAUUUUGAAUAUGAUAAAGCUCCCAAGAAGAUGAGAGGGAGGAUAAGGACUCUCAGCAGAGACGAAAUGGAUCUGUCUCCCGAUGAAGAUAUGCACAUAAAGGAAAGCAUGCUAUCUGGUGAAGACCGACAAUAUAAUCAGCAAGAGGUUCAAAGUUGUGGUGGAUAUGAGAAUACUAAAAUCAGGCAAUUAGAACAAGCACUUGAAAGAGAACGUGCUGCUCGGGCUUCCCUUUACAUUGAGCUUGAAAAGGAGAGAAGUGCUGCUGCUAGUGCUGCCGAUGAGGCUAUGGCUAUGAUUUUGCGUCUGCAGAAGGACAAGGCAUCCGUAGAAAUGGAAGCUCGGCAAUAUCAGAGGAUAAUAGAAGAAAAGUCCGCUUAUGACGAUGAGGAAAUGGACAUUCUCCAAGAAAUUCUUAUGAGAAGGGAAAAGGAGAAACUCUUUCUAGAAAAGGAAGUUGAAGCAUAUAAGGAAAUUGUUUCUCGAGGGAACGAACAAUCAACUGGUGAUUAUUCAGAUAGCAAUGAUGCUACACAAAUAUUUAGCCCUCUAAAUGAUCCCAAUGAUGAUCCAGUUUUAUUUCAGCACCAGCUUGCUGCAUCUACUGACGAGAAGGUAAAAAUGGAGAAUAAAUGGGCAGACGAUGUUUUUGCGAGUAGAUUCAAAUGUAAACCUGCCUUUGGAAUAGAAUCGCCAUUUCAACCUCACGAUGAACAAUCUAGCGUUGAAAGACUUAGAAACUUGAAUGAAAACUCUGUUGAUGUAUCAGUUCGUAGUAGUUCUGGAAAGAUGGAUCUUCCAAAGGAGGUUAUAUCUUCUGAUGAAAACAUACAGUUGAUGCCAAAAGCCAUCCCCAGUCUUACAGAAGAACUCGAGGAAAUUCAAGAGUGGAACCAAGAACAUAAAAUUGCCGACAAGGUUAUUAGAACUUGUUAUGGAACUGAGAAAGGUGAUCUGAAUUAUAAUCCAAGUUUGAAGCAGCAGACAAAAGAGGUGCCUCUUGGAUACUGCAGUUCAUGUGAUCCAACACUAGAGAAAGUCCCUCAUGAUGUUCAUGUUAUUCGUGAUGGCAUCAACCUCCAUAGCAAGGCAACUGCAGAUAAAGGCGAGCAGCUUCCGGUCAGCAGUUCUCUAAAAGUACGCGAGAUAGACUGUGUUCAAUCUGGAGCUGCACUAGAGAGUAUUAAUGAUUCUUUUGUGAAGAAAAGCAGUUCAGAGGUACCUAGUUCUCUUCCACCAAUUGGCCGGAGAUCUCAGAGCUUGCGACGUAGUUCCAUGUCGGCUUUGGAUACUGAAAUGCUAAAAAUCGACAGUGAGAUUGUUCAACUUCAAGAACGCUUAAAGCUUGUUCAAGAAGGAAGAGAGAAACUUAGCGUCUCUUUGGAGAAUCGAGAAAGUAAAAGUUUACAGUUGAAAAUUUUGGAGGAUAUAGCACGUCAGAUUCAGGAGAUUCGCCGCUUAACUGAACCUCAAAAAGCUGCAAGACAAGCGUCUUUGCCCCUUCCAAACUCUAAGGGUUUAUCCAAGAGAAGGAGAAGCAGGAGUGUAUCUUCGGGAUUCCAGAUGAGCUCCGAAGGAUGAUGAAGCUGUUUGUUUAUAUGAUAAAAGUGUAGACGACGCUAUGAGAAGAUAUGAGAUAGAAAUUCUCGAGAUGCAAACAUCAAGGUAUGGUUUAGGUUCAGUACGGUAGAAAUGGUAUGAGAUGGAACACAAGUUGUUAAACAUGCAACAUUUUUUUGUUUUUUGUUAUACGUUGUAGUAAUAAGCUUAUAUGUUAAUAAAAGUUUUGGUUUCGCCCC